AUGAUAUUACGUUUAUGUGCUCAUGGAUCCCUAGUACGCGGACCGUAUACUUUCAAUGGGUUACGUGGUUUUACCGUCCACACAGAUCUGAUUGGAAUUCCGAUUUAUUUUGUUUUUUUAAAUUAAACUUGCAGCUUACUUGGACAAAGAAAUUGAGAAUAUCGAAUUCUUUAGCCGUGGAAAAUUUUUCGUAAAGACUACUUCUGGCGACGACCACUACCGCGAAAGCGACAACACCAUGAGCUGUGACAGUCAGGUGAGUAUAUUCUAUUACGACGAACCGUCGUAUUAAACGAAUUUAAUAACUUUAUAUUUAAAAACAAAAUGUUAAAUUUAUCUUUUGGCAGUCGAAAAAACCGAGACAACACGAUUUCUUGUAGAAUUAAAAUGGGAGUGGGAGGAGGAAAUUUCAGACUUCACGCGGUCCUCGCGUAGGAAAAAAAAUUUAAAAAUAUUGCCUGCUAACAUUUUUGUUUCGUUUUGUAUUCCAUUAUAUGGAAUUUCUAUUUUUCGCUAUCGUUUUAUCGAUCGCCCGGAAACAUCAAGUAACGUCCCGCCGAAUAUCUGUACUAUUAACCUAUUCGUACUAGGAUACCAUGCGCUGUUCGUCAACUUUGUGUUACUUUCACUUCGACCGCCUCGUAUCGGUUACGAAUCCAAGGGAAUCGUGUUUUAAUUUUAUAUUAAUAUUUUAAAUUAAUAAAAAAACAAAUACUUCUUAAACUGCGUCGCUUAGGAAUCUCAAUAUAUUACUAUAUAUUUAGUCAUUUCAGAUGGGGUAGGGGGGGAUAGAUCGUCAAUAAUUAAAAGAACAAAUAAUUGUAUGUAUGAAAUAGAUUUUAGUUAGAUAGUAUUUAGUGUAUUAUAAAUAAUAUUCGUUUUGGAACAAUAGAAAUUAGGUCCUAUAUUGUGAAGCGACCGAGAAAAAGUUAAAUUUAGUUUCUCCUUUUCCACCCUUAUCUUAAAUCAUAUUUAACCACAUUAACCAUAUCAAUACAUGAUUGAUAGAUCAAUAACAUUUAAUUUAAUUUUUGUUCUAAAAAUACAAAUAAAUGUUGAAAAAAAAAAUUUCACCCAACUUUGAGAGUACCGGAAUUAUAAUUUGAACGCACACGAUGACUUCAUGUUUAUCUGUUACUCGUGUAGUAGGUACCUCCUUAUUGUAUUUUUUACGUUCACGAUGACCACAUAAUUUAUUAUAUAUACACGAGUACGUAACUAUAUAUUCGUAAAAAAUAUAUUCCUAUCUUAUUAUAUUCUGCAACAUCAUAUUGUAAUAAACUAUUUUAGAAAUUAUAGUGCAUUAGUGCUCGCGCUGAAACUAUAACCUUUAAUACAAUCUACGGUUGUUUUAUACCGACAAUACGUAUGCGGGUUACAAAUGAAAAACUAUUAGUGCACUUAAAAAAAAAAAAAAAAAAAAAAAGUUAGGUUAUAAUAAUAAUUUUGUGAAUUAAAUAAUAAUAAUAUACGAACGAGAAACUAUGAUUAAUUUGUAUGGUAUAAAAUGAUUAACACUUAAAUUAGGUACUUAUACUAAUAAGAAAACCUCUACAUAUAUUAUGUAUUUAUAAUGCACGCUCAUUAGGAAUGACGCAAACAGAAAACAAUUUUGGAAAAGGGGGGAAUACUGUAUUUAAAAACCCACAGUCGAUUUUCCAUAAAAAUUAACAUUAUGAGGAUUGAAAAUAUCUUUUUACUAUACAGAGAGAUAAUUUUAUUAUAAACCUUGGAGGAUGAUUUUAAGUGAAUUUGAUUUUUGUUUUUUUUAAUUAUUGUGGAAUCAUCAAAGCUAUAUAUUUAAACUAUUUUUAAUUUUCACGCCUCAAAUCAGUAUAUAUUUUUAAUUUUCAAUUAUAAAACCCCUUUUUGAACACUGCAGAUUUCUAAAAAUAUAGACAUAUAUGUAUAACACUAAUAUCAAAUUUACUAUUUAUAUGUGAUAUAAAUGGUUUAAAUCUUAGACCGAAGGAGUAGGCAAAAUUAAUAAAUUUCAUAUCCAUAUUUAGAUGAUAAAUGGUAAAUCAAAUAUAAAUGUUAAACAUGUUAACAUGCUUAGAAACAUAUUCUCUCUACUUGUUUGAAAAUCAAAAGUGUAUGCUUAUGUAAGGUAUAUGUAAUUUUAAAAUAAAGCUCAAACGAAACCACAACGGUUGAAAUAACAGAAAUCAAAUUUACUUAAUGUUCUUCGAGAUAUAAAUUGCUUGUUCAUGUUAAAUGAUCACCCUGUAUAAGUAUGUUUUUACAUUGCCAGUUAACAGCAGUAUAGCAAUGUUUCUAAAAAGAAAUUUCACUGGGGAGGUACUUUAAAGAGGCCGUUUUUCCAUUUUUCUCGGAGUUUUCUCAGCAAAUGUGAAAAACUGGGAAAAAACAUCGGAAAACCGGAGAAAUCGGUAACAUUAAACAAAUAUAUAGAGCCUAUUAAAUUAUUUUACUAUAAUAUGGCGUAUAUAUUAUUGACAAAGCAUCACUAUCAACUGAAUUCCACUCAAAAUCGUUUUUCGCUGAUUACAGAUAUACAUUAAAUUCCCUUUUGUAUUCUUUCCUUCCAACUUCCUAUCUACACCAGUGGCUUCACCCGUCCCCAUUAUCUUACCUUUUUUAUGUUUUUUUCACCAUUUAUUAAAAAUUCAUCAGUACCUAUCUACCAAACGGAUACUGUGUAUUUUAUAUGGAACCAACAUAUUUUUGUUCUCUAUCGUUUAUUAUAAUUGCACGUAAUAUUAUUAUUAUACAAAUGUGCAUUUACUCGUUUAUUAGAGUUUAUUACGAUUUUCUUUGUUCUUCGUGUGAUAGUUGCUCAUGAUGUCAUGCUUAAUGACAUUAUGAUUACAUCGUGUCUAUUCACGUAUUUUUCGAUUAUGGUAGCUUAGUGACGAUAUUAUUCAACAACCUUUUAUCAGCAAGUUAGUAAAUCAACUCUUUGUAUUGUGUUUUGUUUGUUUUAUACCGUGUAAGAGAGGAAUAACGAUUCUUGAUUUGUUUUUUAGUACUGAUUUCUCGCGGGUAUAAUAAUAUAAUAUAAAACACAAGCGAAAAUUGUCCGAACUAAUUAUUAUUAUUAUUCAGGAACGGUGUUAAACUAUCGACCUGCCACCUUUAUAUACAGGUGAUAUCCUGGAGGGCUUCCCAGAAUUUCGGAGGAGGUGCUAUAAAUUACCUAUAGAAAUAUUUUGUAUCCGGCGAGAGAAUUAUGCGGUUUUUUUUUUUUAAUUGCGUAAUAUGUUAAUAUAUAUAUAUAUGUUUAUUUUUUAAAGUGUAUUCUUAGUUUUUAAAUUAUAACUAUAAAAUAUCUAGGUCUAGUUAUUGAUCACCGCUAGACCACCUAACAUGGUUAUACAAUAUGAGAACAAAAAACUCUUAAAACGCGCGUCUCUUUAAUCUCUAAUAACAAUUUCACGAAACUAAACACAAAACUCCUCAUAAAAAUCUUUAAUCAGGCCAAUGUAGACGUAUGGUCUUCAGUCAUAGGACAAUGUUAAAAAUCAGAUAUCAACAAAAUCCAAACCUUUUAAAAUAUUGUCUUUCGCAAAAUCACUAACGCCACUCUAUAUGUUGCUAAUCAAACUCUCCACAUAGACCUAAAGAUUAGAACUGUACAUGAAGAAACAAUAACAUUUUUUAAGAAAUUUUACUCUAAACUCCCUUCUCAUUUCAGUCCCCUCAUAUUUAAUCAAGCAACACCCAAAAUUCCUAUUAACCCACAGAUAUGGCUCAAAAGAAAUUGAAGCCGUGACCUUCUAAAAUAGUAAUUAAAAUAUAAAUAGCAAAAAUAUGUAGUGCCACCACUGGGUGGUUUUCUUCCAUCAAAAACCUCACCUUCUGAAUAUGUAUUUAUCACACAUGCUUAUUGUGCCAAAAAAGUACAGAUUGUAUAUUUCAUAAAUAAUACAAUUAUUGUAAUUAUUAAUACAAUACUAUAAUUACAGUACUAAUAAAAGAAAAUCAAACUGCGUCGUGAUGAAUAAAAUAUAUCACCGUAGUGCACCUAAUAUAAUAUACAACUUAAAAGUAUAAGUUUACUUAUUUUAUUUAAGUUUACCGUAUUUUAAUACGACCUACUUUAUAAUAUGUAAAAAUCGUUAUAAUAGUGCAGUUCAAUAAGGUAACUAACCGUAAAUCACACUAUAUUACAUUCAAUAUUAUUAUAAAUCCGAGAGUUAGUCUACUAUUGAUAUCGUUCCGUUUUGAAAUUACGAAAUUACGCUCAUGUUGAAGUGCAUUUACCAGAGACAUAACUUUACUGACGAAGCCGAACGGACAUGAAGCCAGGAUUUUUUCACGGGACGAGGUGUCUGUAAAAUAAGUUUAUUUGUUAUAUAUAAGCCCACUAACACAAUUAUAUGAAACAAUAUUGUUGUUUUCGAAUUAAAAAAUUUGUUCAGGUUUUGAAAAAUAUAAUAUAUCUCAAGGGGCCACUGUAACAGGCACGGAUCCAGAGCAAAUAUCUGGGGGGGAAGGUCCAAAAUUUUUUUUACAACACAAAUACAGUUAAAAUAUAAUAUAACACAUUAUAUAUAUUAUUUUCUUAUAAAAUUCUCAUACAAAAAUCGGAGAAAUAAUAUGUGUGGAGGGAGGCUAGGCCCCUAGACCCCCUGGAUCCCCCCUGCGCUGUAACAAUCGGAUGUGCAAAGGUGUGAGAUGCGUACGUCCAAUGAUGUGUGCGAGGGAGGGAUGCAUGUAUAUGCCCUCUCCUCCCAUUGGCCUAAAAUUUUAGCAACUAUAUAAGCGUGUCUAGACCUUCAUAACUGGGGACCAAUAUUUCUUAUCUUUUAAAUUGUCUCUUGAUUGAACCUUAACCACUAUACCAUUAACCAUUUUAUCCAACAUUGAUGUUUAAUAAUAAACUCGUUUACAAAGUUACAAUUUAGUUACCAAACUAAUAAUAAUCUAGGAUAAUUUCUGGAAUCUAGUUCACUAGAAUCAAUAAAAUAUAUCACAGAUCCCGCCGAGGAGGCAGUUUAUGAGCAAUUCUGGAUGUUUAUUUAGUAAUUUAAUCUUGAAAUGUAAACAUUCCAGCCAAUAUUUUCUUUUUCAAAAUUUCAAGUAUUAGUUUUUAAAUUUGGCGCAAUGGAUAGUUUUGAAUUAGUUACUCUUUAAUAUUUAUUAUCAAAUUUAUUAGGUACUGUAGACAUUAGUGCCUUAGAAUUCAUAUUGUCGCAAUUAUCAAAAAUAGUAUAGUCGAAAUAUUAUCGUAUUCUACGCCAGUUAUUUGCAAAGGGUGUCCCCUUAACCAGCAGAAUUUUGUACAGUUCUUUUUUUUUGUUUCGUAUUCCAGAUAUCGUCUCUUCUCCAGACAACGCCGUUUACUUUAUCGCCGAUUAAUAAGGACGAUUAUUCUCCGUGGAACAGCGGCGACGCUACACCGUUCAACAGCAACGGUGUAACGUACUCGCCGUCCACUCUGUACACCGCCACUGAUACUGCAGUCACCUCGACCAACGGACUGAACCGUUUGUUUCGGCCAGGUACGGGUGCCAACAACGGUGAUUUCCAGUACGCCUCCGACUGCGAACUGUUUCUGUGCCGCGGCAACGAUUGUGGCGGAUCGGUUCUGUCCGAACCAUUGAUCCGCAAGAAAAAAAGUCAAGCCAUAGACAUCGUCGAUCCACGGACCGGCGAAAAGAUCUUGUUGUGA